AAGAAAUAAAAAAUCAGAGCGAGCGAGCGCACCAGAAUCUUCCAACCAAACAUAGGAAAAAGCUGAAUAAAACCAAACCCACACACAUUGCAUUCACCACCUUCCCUUCUUCUUCUACCUCCUCUGACUCUCCUUUCUUCUUCUUCUCCUUCUUCCCCUCCCUCUCUCUCCCUCUCUCUCUCUCUCUCUCUGUGCGCAAAUUGCAAAGAUGGCGGAAUCGGUGGAGCUUCCCACUCGCCUCGGCAUCCUUCCUUUCCGAAACAAGGUCCUCUUACCCGGCGCCAUCAUUCGAAUUCGCUGCACUUCCCCCAGCAGUGUCAAAUUGGUGGAGCAAGAGUUAUGGCAGCGCGAAGAGAAGGGGUUAAUUGGUAUUCUUCCCGUUCGAGAUGCUGCCGAGGCUGCAACAGUGGCCCCUGUGUUGUCUCAAGGUGUGGGCAGUGAUUCUGGUGAACGAAGCUCUAGAGUUCAAGUUGGUACUUCCGAUUCUCACAGGCCAGAUGGAAAAAAUCAGCAGGAAGUUAUUCACUGGCAUACAAGGGGAGUUGCUGCACGGGCUUUACAUCUCUCAAGAGGAGUUGAGAAGCCAAGUGGGAGGGUUACAUAUGUAGUUGUCCUUGAAGGCUUGUGUAGAUUCAACGUCCAGGAACUUAGCACAAGGGGAACAUAUUAUACUGCACGAAUAUCUCCACUUGAAAUGACAAAGUCUGAAAUGGAGCAAGUGGAGCAAGAUCCGGAGUUCAUAUCAUUAUCUCGCCAAUUCAAAGCAACUGCUACGGAGCUGAUUUCUGUUCUUGAGCAGAAACAAAAGACCGGAGGAAGAACAAAAGUUCUUCUGGAGACAGUUCCGGUUCACAAGUUGGCAGAUAUAUUUGUUGCUAGCUUUGAGAUAAGUUUUGAGGAGCAACUGUGUAUGUUGGAUUCAGUUGAUCUGAAAGUAAGACUUUCCAAAGCUACUGAGCUAGUUGACAGGCAUUUGCAGUCUAUUCAUGUAGCAGAGAAGAUUACGCAAAAAGUUGAGGGUCAAUUAUCAAAAUCGCAGAAAGAGUUUCUUUUGCGCCAGCAGAUGAGAGCUAUAAAAGAGGAGCUUGGCGACAAUGAUGACGAUGAAGACGAUGUUGUUGCUCUGGAAAGAAAGAUGCAAAGUUCAGGAAUGCCUUCAAACAUCUGGAAGCACGCACAGAGAGAGCUGAGGAGGCUAAAAAAGAUGCAGCCCCAACAACCUGGAUAUAAUAGUUCACGUGUUUACCUAGAGCUUCUUGCUGAUCUUCCCUGGCAGAAGGCCAGUGAAGAAUAUGAAUUGGAUUUAAGGGCUGCAAAAGAACGUCUUGACAGUGAUCACUAUGGUUUAACUAAGGUCAAACAGCGGAUUAUUGAAUAUCUGGCUGUUCGCAAGCUCAAACCAGAUGCCAGAGGCCCAGUGUUGUGUUUUGUUGGCCCGCCUGGUGUUGGAAAAACAUCUUUGGCAUCAUCUAUUGCUGCUGCUUUGGGCAGAAAAUUUAUACGCAUAUCCCUUGGUGGUGUAAAGGAUGAAGCUGAUAUCCGAGGACACAGGAGGACAUACAUUGGAAGCAUGCCGGGUAGGCUCAUUGAUGGAUUAAAGAAAGUAGCUGUUUCCAACCCGGUCAUGCUGCUAGAUGAAAUUGACAAGACAGGUUCUGAUGUGCGCGGUGAUCCAGCUUCAGCUCUACUGGAGGUUCUUGAUCCUGAGCAAAAUAAAACAUUCAAUGAUCACUAUUUGAAUGUUCCCUUCGACCUUUCAAAGGUGAUUUUUGUGGCAACUGCAAAUAGGGUGCAGCCGAUUCCCCCACCACUCUUGGACAGGAUGGAAGUUAUUGAGCUGCCUGGAUAUACACCCGAAGAAAAGCUGAAGAUAGCCAUGCACCAUUUAAUUCCCCGAGUUCUUGAUCAGCAUGGGUUGAAUUCUGAGUUUCUUAGAAUCCCAGAGGCCAUGGUGAAACUUAUCAUUCAAGGGUACACUAGGGAGGCUGGUGUUCGGAAUCUGGAGAGAAACUUAGCUGCCUUGGCUCGUGCAGCUGCGGUAAAAGUUGCAGAGCAAGAACAAGCUGUCCCUCUGAGGAAAGAUGUGCACUCGCUUGCUUCACCACUACUCGAAAACAGACUUGCUGAUGGAGCUGAAGUGGAAAUGGAGGUUAUUCCGAUGGGUGUGAAUAAGCAUGAGAUAACAAGCACUUUCAAGAUUGAUUCGCCAUUGGUUGUGGAUGAGGAUAUGCUGGAGAAAGUAUUAGGGCCUCCAAGGUUUGAUGACAAAGAAGCUGCAGAACGAGUUGCAACACCAGGUGUUUCUGUUGGGCUUGUUUGGACUGCUUUUGGUGGAGAGGUUCAAUUUGUGGAGGCCACAGCAAUGGGGGGAAAGGGUGAACUGCAUCUCACUGGUCAACUUGGAGAUGUUAUCAAAGAAUCAGCACAAAUAGCAUUGACAUGGGUGAGAGGUAGGGCAAAAGAUCUUAAGUUCGCAACAGCUGAGGCAGCCAAUCUUUUGGAGGGUCGGGAUGUUCAUAUACACUUUCCUGCUGGGGCUGUACCGAAGGAUGGACCCUCAGCAGGUGUGACUCUGGUAACAGCACUGGUUUCAUUGUUCUGUCAGAGAAGAGUAAGAGCAGAUACAGCAAUGACUGGAGAAAUGACAUUGAGGGGUCUCGUACUACCUGUUGGUGGUGUCAAGGACAAGGUAUUGGCAGCCCACCGUUGUGGUAUUACAAGAGUCAUUCUUCCAGAGAGGAAUCUGAAGGAUUUAACUGAUGUACCGUCGGCUGUUCUUUCUGGUCUUGAGAUAAUACUAGCAAAGCGAAUGGAAGAUGUAUUAGAGCAGGCUUUUGAAGGCGGAUGUCCCUGGAGACAGCACUCAAAGUUAUGACAGGCUUUGCUGUGGGUGAUCUUCUUAUGCAUUUUCGUGUGAUUGAAAUGCCUUAGCUGGUUGCCGUUUACACAUGACAUGCAGCUUCCAGUUUGUCCCGCAGCGCUGCCUUUGGCUGCAAAGACCGAAGAAAUUGUGAAUCGCUAUAAAAAUUCGUGGCCCUGGGAUAAUAGGAAUUCAGCUGUUCGUAAACUGCCAAAUUUUUCUUGCGCCCAUCUGUACCUCUGUUCCUCCUCUCCAUGCUAUUUAUCUGUCAAUUGUUUUUAUUUUCUGAGUAAGCCUUUGUAAUUAUAAAUUAAUUCUCUGUUCUUGUUAUAAUAUUAUUUGUUUAAUGGAGCAAAGAAAAUCAACCCGA